AGCUCUCCCACAACACCACUACCCUCUACUCAACACUUAACAACCUCAUUCACAAUGGGUAUCCUCGACAUUGUUCCCCCCGGCGUCGUCGACGGCAAGGACGUUUACAAGGUCUUCGACUACGCUCGUGAGCACCACUUUGCCAUCCCUGCCUUCAAUGUGACGUCGUCGUCUACGGCCAACGCUGCCAUGGAGGCUGCCCGUGACGCCAAGUCGCCCGUUAUCCUGCAAAUGUCGCAGGGUGGCGCUGCCUUCUGGGCCGGCAAGGGUGUUCCCAACGACAAGCAGCAGGCGUCCAUCGCCGGUGCCGUUGCGGCCGCCCUCUUCGUCCGGGCCGUCGCCCCUUCGUACGGCAUCCCCGUCAUCCUCCACUCGGACCACUGCGCCAAGAAGCUCCUCCCCUGGUUCGACGGCAUGCUCGAGGCCGACGAGGCUUACUACAAGAAGGAGGGCAAGCCUCUCUUCAGCUCGCACAUGCUCGACCUGUCCGAGGAGCCAAAGGAGGAGAACAUUGAGAUCUGUGUCAAGUACCUCGAGCGCAUGGCCAAGAUUGGUAUCUGGCUCGAGAUGGAGAUCGGCAUCACCGGAGGCGAGGAGGACGGCGUCAACAACGAGCACGUCGAGAACUCGUCGCUCUACACCCAGCCCGAGGACAUCUGGGACAUCUACACCGCUUUCUCCAAGAUCACGCCCAACUUCUCGAUUGCUGCCGGCUUCGGCAAUGUCCACGGUGUCUACAAGCCCGGCAACGUCUCGCUCAAGCCCGAGCUGCUCGGCAAGCACCAGGAGUACGUCCGAGGCCAGCUCAAGACUGACAAGGAAUGCCCAGUCUUCUUUGUCUUCCACGGCGGUUCGGGCUCCGAGAAGCACGAGAUCAAGAAGGCGCGCGAGUGCGGCGUCGUCAAGAUGAACGUCGACACUGAUACGCAGUGGGCCUACUGCACUGGUCUGCGAGACUUCUUUGGCAAGAACGUCGAGUACCUCAAGUCGCAGGUCGGCAACCCAGAGGGCGCCGACAAGCCCAACAAGAAGUACUACGACCCCCGUAACUUCAUCCGCGAGUCUGAGAAGACGAUGUCGGUUCGCUGCAAGGAGGCCUUUGAGGACCUUGUCUCUGCCGGCAGCCUCUAAGCUGUUGGCAGCUCUUCUUUGCCACUCUCGUCGGUGUUCAUAAAGGUUGAAAUAGUAAAAUCCUAUUCUCUGGAUGUCCUAAAUCAGUUUUUUUUUUU